GGUCAGCGCGAGUGCUGGAGCUGGCCCGCCGGGCUUUGCACAUUGAAGCUGCGAGAAGCUUCCCCUUCCGCCUCUCUCCGAGUCACCGCCAAGCCCUACCCCUUCACCGGGAGUCGCGCUCUCUUCCUAUCCCUUCUCCGCGCUGACUGUUAACGUUCCAGGUGGAAACCCGGGACGUGUCGGAGGGUUUGAGUGGGGACAGUGUGCAAGACAGAUCGAUCCUAAACGUUCGGGAGCAGCCGCCGUGACAGAUGAGGGUAAAAGACCCAUCCUCCCGACGUAAUGGCGAAAUGACAAAAAAAACCAGAAGGCCUGAGAGGUAUCAAGAUGAUGAUUCAUCUGAUGAAGUCGCAGGUUCUACCUGCCAGCAUUUUGGAAGAGCAGUGGAUCUGAUCCAAGUGAAGAAGGCAGUUACUCAAAACCACUGGUCAGUUUGUGCAGAGUGUGUCAGAAGUUUGAAAGUACACGAUGAAGAGCCUGAUGUUUCACCAAAUAUUUGUAUGUGUCUGAAAUGUGGUUACCAGGGGUGCAGUCAAAACUCAAAACAUCGGCAUUCUUUCAAGCAUUUCCAGACUGCGCGCUUGGAUGCACAUUGUAUUGUGAUCAAUUUGGACUCUUGGACUGCUUGGUGCUAUGAAUGUGAUGAGGAAUUAAUAUCGUGCCAUAAAAAGGUUCUUUCACACUUGCUGGAUUUUCUGCAAAGACAUGCUACUAAGACCCACUCAGGUUUGAAUUCAAAAUUAAUGAAGGUUUUGGAUGAAAAUUCAGAUAGCAAUGAAACAGAAAGAGGAAAACAUAUGAUCAACAAUGUAGCUGUUCCUGUCAAAGGCCUGUGCAAUUUAGGAAAUACCUGCUUCUUUAAUGCUGUUAUGCAAAAUAUGGCUCAAACCCACAUGCUUAGUGAUCUUAUGCAUGAGAUGAAAGAGAAAGGGACAAAGCUGAAGAUUUGUCCACCCGCUGACUCAAAUUUGGAUCCAUUGAUGAUAACACUUCCUAGCCCUGGAUUAUUGACAUCAGCCGUUUAUUUAUUGCUUCACAGUAUGAAAGAAGCAGGAAAUGGGCCGUUGGUUCCGAGAGCACUUUUCAGUCAGUUAUGUCAGAAAGCACCACGUUUCAGAGGGUACCAGCAGCAAGAUAGCCAGGAAUUGCUUCACUAUCUGCUGGAUGCCAUGCGGAUUGAAGAAACUAAGCGCAUACAGAGUGCUAUUUUGAAAGCCUUCAACAAUCCAACAGUCAAAACUGCUGAUGAAGAGACUAAACGAAAAGUUAAAGUAUAUGGUAGAGAAGGUGUGAAGAUGAAUUUUAUCGAUCGGAUUUUUGGUGGAGAGCUGGUCAAUACUAUCAUGUGUGAAGAAUGCUCACAUAUUUCAACUGUUAAAGAACAUUUUAUUGACCUUUCACUACCCAUUAUCGAAGAAAGGGCAGCCAAACGAGGAUCAUCAGAGAAAAUAAAGAAAACUCAUAAAGGAAAAGAUGUGGAACUUAAGGAAAAUAUUUUGGCUUCAAGUAAGCAGGACACCUGCGCAACAUCUCUUACCGCAAUCAAAUAUAAAACAAAGAGUUCUAAGAAAUCACCAUCAAUGAAAUACAUGGGCCAUGCAAGCAAACAAAGGAUAACAGAAAUGAAGAAAUCAACAGCAGAUGAUGAUGAAGGGAAUUGGCAGGUUUCUGCAGAGCGAAAUAAUGGGCACCAAGAAGAGGAGAGUAACCGUACACUCUGUUGUUCUAGUCUAGGAGAAAUCAAUAACUUUAGUCAGUCAGAAGGUAGUGAUAAAGAUGGAAAUCAGUCAGAUGGAAGCAAUGAUGCAGAUACUGAAAUGUCAGAAUCUGAGAAUCGUUCAAAGUCUGUUCAGUCCUUAAGUUGCCACGCCGACUCCAAUUUUAAUUUGACAACUGUCAACCACAAACUGUCAAACAGUGAUUUAGUACAAAUUGAACAAGUGGAGUUUAAUUCUAAUGAUCCCAUUUCCAGCGCAGUAACUAAACUCAACCUUGGUAGUACCAAAAAUGAAAAUCUAAUAAUUGAUAGUCUGUCUGUUCCUCAUAAAGAAUAUGUUGCAUUCUGCAGUCAAGAUUCAAAGGAGAAAUCUGUAGCUUCAAAGAAAUUGGUUGCAGCAUUUCAAACAUUGUCCCACAACUAUGAACCAAGAUCCAAAGAAUGCUCGCUCCAAUCCUGUCUCAGCCAGUUUACAUCUGUGGACCUCCUUAUGGGUAACAACAAACUGUUAUGUGAACGGUGUACGGAGAAAAGACAGAAAUCAUACAAGAAAUCACAUUUAGCAGAGAAGAAAUCAGAACAUGUGUACACAAAUGCUCGCAAACAAAUGUUGAUCUCUGCUGUUCCACCUAUACUAAAUCUUCACCUUAAAAGAUUCCACCAGACAGGUUUAAGUUUGCGGAAAAUUAAUAGGCAUGUGGAUUUUCCUUUAGUUCUGGAUUUGGCGCCAUUCUGUUCUUCCAACUGCAGGAAUGUUGGAGAGGAAAACAAGGUGCUGUACAGUCUGUAUGGGGUUGUUGAACACUCUGGAUCUAUGCGUGGAGGACACUAUACAGCAUACGUCCAAGUCAGAGCAGCCAACAAAAAAGUAUCUGAUCAUACUCCUGGAAACAAAAAUAUUCAAGGUUUCAGAGAUGCUGGAGCACCAUCAAGGCAGUGGGUUUAUGUCAAUGACACCCAUGUACAGGCAGUUCCUGAAGCUAGAGUACUCAAUGCUCAGGCCUAUUUAUUGUUCUAUGAACAACUUCUGUGAAAGCAUUGUUUAGGAAGUGUACAUUAAUGCAAAAAAGCUGAUAAUAUUUUCUAAUUUCUAACAACAACACAAGUGGCUUCUCUAAACCUUUCAUAUUACUUUUCAUUUAUUUGAAUCAAUUACAAGAACAUCAUGAUUAAAAUUUAUCGCAACCAACAAAAGUAAAUGCAAAAAAAAGUAUGUAAAUCCAGUGAAAAUGUUUACUCACAAAUGAUGCCUUUAAUAUUGUAAUUUUUCUCUGCCCAAAUUUGUAUUUUGACUUACUGAAAUGCAGGCAAUUUCAUUAUGGUCAUUUUCAUUUAACAAAUAUUUUUUCAACUUUAAAAAGAUGCUGCUUUUAUUGCAUUUGUGAAAGCAAUGGCCAUGCACAUUCAAAGAUUAGGAAAAUUAUUGUUUAUAUAUUAGAGUAGAAGUAAUUAAAUUUUCAUGUUUCAUUGAUGAUUAUAUUUACUGUCAAAGACAGAAAUAAGAGUAUAGGCUAUAUUGCCUGACAUUGAGUAAUUAUGAAUUACUAUCUGACAGAUUUAUUUUUUUAAGGAAAUAAUUUGAUUCACUGGAAGCCCAUUUCACUUCAAAUAAGAUCUCUACCUUUGAUGAAACCAUUGUCGCAGUUUUUGAACUCUAAUACAUUACAAUUCCAAGAAUGAACAGAGUAUGAGGAAUGUUGUGCAUUUAAGAUAUUAUAUUUAUGUUAAUUCACACAAAACAUAAUACCAGAAAGGCACACUACUGUUUAAUGCACUGAAGGUCUUUUUCAGUACCCAUGCAUUUUUUUUUUCUUGAAUUAACUUGCAGUUUCACCAUGCCAUUUAUUUAUGUAUUUCUGUUCGUAAUCCUUAUCGAAAGCUCACUAUGAUAAAUA